AUGGCCUCUUCCAAGUACUUGAUGAUCAUAGCUUUCAUGGCUAUUUUGGUGUUUUCAACCAUCGACACCGGCCGAGCUGCUCGUCAUCUCUUGCAAACCGCUCCGCCGAACAUGCCAGGGUUUCCGUCAUUGCCUAAACCGACUGCACUACCGCCUCUACCACCUUUGCCGACGGGACCGGGAAUGCCCUCUAUUCCAAAUCUCCCACAACCAACAUUGCCUUCUUCUCUCCCUAAAUUACCUCCACUUCCAAGUUUCCCCGGAAACAUCCCGGUCACCGGAGUGACACUGCCUCCGCUCCCGACAACUUCACUUCCGACUUUACCUUCCAUUCCAACGACUUUCCCGUCUAUCCCUUUCCUCACUCCGCCCCCGGCCACCACCUCUUCACCUUGA